AUGGCUACCCAAGGCGAUGAGGGUUUCCCUCCAGACUUUCUCAUUCCAGAUACGCCUACUAAUCCUACUAUCCACUUCACCGCUGGCGACAUUGCUUUCCUAGCCGUAGGCAGUCCGGUCUACCUUGCUAUAUUACUUGAAUGGCUAGCUUGGCUAGGAGCAUUCUUGUAUUGCUUUUACCAUUGUUUAGUCAAGGCUGUCCGAAGCAAGGACUACAAAAAGGCUAUCUUGACGAUUUUCAUGAUCACUUUGUUUGUUAUACUUCGUCUAUGUUUCAUUCCGGUUCUGAUAAUCAGCAUCCCUCUUCCUGCCUCACUCAGGGCUCGACUUCCAGGCUACUGGGCUUCGUUGUUGGAACUUGUCGCAUUUUACGCUUUCGUGGUCCUACUGCUCUUGCCUACCGGCUUCAUCAUUUACAACAUCUUCAACAAACGCGUAGGCAGGAAAGCACGAUAUGCCAGUCUUCUCAAUGAUGAUUCCCCUAAAGUGAUUAUUAUUAUGCCAUGCUACAACGAAUCGGCAGAAAAUGUCAUGAAAUGUAUCAACUCAAUCGUUGAGCAAGAUUACCCGAUGACAUGUCUUCACAUCUGUCUUUCUUUCGACUCCGAUGAAAUCACCCCGGACUAUCUCGAGGUUCUUACUAAACUCGGUGUUCCUAUGAUCCGUAAGAACAAAUUCCCGGUCGCUAUCGACGUUCGUUAUCAGGGUACCCGCGUUACCGUCAGCAGAUACAAACAUGGAGGGAAACGACACACUCAGAAGAAGACGUUUCAGAUGAUUGAUCGUCUUUAUGAGAAGUAUCUAGAACUUCAAGAUGAUGUAUACCUUCUUUUCAUCGACUCUGAUUGUAUUUUGGACAAGUACUGCGUCCAAAACUUCAUGUAUGAAAUGGACUUCUUGCCCAAGAGGAAAAAAGGUCGUCAGGUUAUGGCUAUGACAGGCGUCAUUACUUCCCGGGUUGAGAAAGGUCAAGGCAACUUUAUCACUCUUCUCCAGGAUAUGGAAUACAUGCAUGGUCAACUCUUCGAAAGGGCUGUCGAAUCUAGCUGCGGAGCGGUUACUUGUCUACCAGGCGCAUUGACUUGCCUAAAAUUCUCUGCCUUCAGAAAUAUGUCUGUCUUCUAUUUUGCAGAUAUGGCCGAUAAGCACGACAACCCUUUCGACUAUGGACAAUACCACUUGGGAGAAGACCGUUGGCUCACCCAUCUCUUUAUGAUUGGUGCUAAGCACUCUUAUCAGAUCGGGUUCAGCACAAGUGCUUUUUGCAAGACCGAGGCUUGCUCUACUUGGAAUUCUCUGGUUAAUCAGAGAACUAGAUGGUUCAAAGGUUUUAUCACCAAUGAGGCCGCUAUGUUGACUGAUUGGCAAUUGUGGCAACGAUAUCCCUUCCUCUGCGUUUUCCGUAUGAUGCAGGAUACAAUUCGUACUACUGCCUUGCUCCUCGUUCUCCUGGUUCUCUCGCUGAUGACUAGAGUUCAAACCGUCCCCGGCCUUCCUCUGCCCCUGAUUGCCCUCUCCCUCGGACUUAAUUGGGUGUUUAUGACCUACUAUGGAUUCCAACUCAAACGGAAAAAGGCAUUUCUAUAUCCGGUUCUGUUUAUGGCAAAUCCGGUACUCAACUGGUGGUAUCUCAUCGCCUCUGUCUAUAGUUACAAGCGUCGGAGUUGGGGUGGACCUCGAGUUCAAAGAAAGGUCGGACAAAUCCCAGAUACGUCGGAAGAAGAUGAAUCGGAUGGCCUACCGGAGCUUUCAGACCGCGAACGGGACGCUAUACGAGAAGCUGCCCUUCCCUGGCGAACCUUGUCCGGCCGUUUUGUUCCAGCCCGUGUCGGUGGAGAUGGCUUAUAUCAUCGUUCUGAUUUACAACUACCACUGUCCGGCCGCUCUAGCGUUAUCCUGCCACAACUCCUAAAUAGUGAUGCUGCGAGUACGUUGACCAGGAAUAGUGAGGCCUACUUGACUGACCAGUUAGCACCACCGAUGCCCAACCGAAAUAGCGUGUUUUCCACCUUUUCGUAUGACUCUGAAGUCGGAAGAUUGUAUGCCCCAGCGCAAACUUUCCUCCAUACCAAUGGCGACAGCCUUCCGGAUCUUGAAUCUCGAUAUACAACCCCAGCACCAUUGGAUGAUUACCGUAUCAGUAUCCCAGUCCCAUUCAAUGCUUUGAAGCCUGGUGCGACAACCCAGCAAAUGCCCCCCCGACAAAUUCCAACAUUCCAAGUCCCAAACCAUACUGGCGACCUCGGAGCCAUGUCAUUCGCUCAAAUCCAUGAGGCUCAAUUCGAUAAUACCUUACCGCAUGCAAUUUCGGACAAUACGCCUCCACACUACCGUGCGCACAGACUAUCUGUUCAAAAUACCAUCGACAUCCUGUACCCGCCUUCUAUCGUUGCGCCCCAACACCAAGCCGAACCUGAUACUGACAACCGCCCCGGCUCACCGGACUCCUGGACCCGUGACGACGACGCCGCAUUCUCUGCCGGUCCCAUGAACAAGGUUCCUAAGGACCCAUUCGAGACGCCUAAAAGUCAACCACAGUCGGGUGCUGGAAGUGCUAAGUCGAAAGGUAAGUUGGUUAAGAAGAAGCCUGCUUCGAUAGAGAUUGAUGAUGGAUCCGUAAAAGAGAAGAAAGGUGGUAUUCUUGGUUUCCUUAAGAAGCAUUGA